AUGGCGUCUCAAGAACAAAAAACACCGUCUGACUUGGUCGGCGUAUUCCUGACAUACCCGUUCGCGGAAGACCAGGCAUACCAGCAAGGUCUAGCGAGCAUACUGUCUGCUCUAGACGAGAAGCCCGAUGAAGAAAGGGAACAGUUGUUGCUGCAGUCCAGAAUAUACUACUUCAACAGGAUAACGGGUGCCUCCAUAACGCCCGACGAGAUUCGGUCGUACCAAGAACCCUUGUCUUCCAGAUCGGAGGGUCCCAACGGUCCGGCUCUACCAGCAGGCAGCCCUACACCAGACAGUAUAUCGACAUAUUCGAAUAGCACUGAUUCCAGUGAACCGCCGACCCUGACCUUCGCCCAGCUCAAAGAAUUAAUUGAGACUGGGCAAACAGACCAAAUACCAAAUAAUAAACUCAUCCCAGACGCGCUCAACGAGGCACGCCCUAGCGAAUCCAAGGCGCCUCCUCGCAAGAAACCUUGGGAGCAGGAACAGGCCUCAUAAUGUGUGGCACCGAUAUGAAGAACGCCUAUGUAUGUACUAGUAAUGAUUCUUCCUUGCAUUAACAACGACAUGCCCGACAAGCCUGCCAUGCGAGCGUUUCGUAUGUCACCCUUCUGAAUCCCUGUCUGCGAAAGAAGAUGCAUGCACUUAUAGUGGGGAUGCCGAGAUGCCUGCUUCAUACA